AUGAAAUCCGUUUUUUGGAUUGCGAUCAUCCUGGGCGUCUUCGUGCAAAAUCUUUCUGGUGAAGGGGAACCGGAGGGCAGCGAGGAGGAAGAAAAAAUUGGAGUAUGCGGUCCAGUUCCAAAUCACGGACAAAUGAUGGGUGUGCUCAAGCCCAUGUCUCACGUCGUCGUGUGUGCUGUCAAUCAGAUCAUGGACUACGGAAUCCUUCUGAAAGAUAUACAAAGAGUUGUGGAGCGCAUAUGCGUCGUUUUCGAUAAUUGCGUCCCUAAAGGGAAACUGGCGAAUAAUAAAGCGGAUAAUCCUGAAGUGGUCUGUUUGAAGAAAGAGGUUGAAGCUGAUCCCGGAAAUGCAAAGGGACCUGUGAACAAGACCGCAGUCGAUCUCGUUUUCCGAUGCUUGAUGGUGCCUCUGCUGCCACUCCAGAAACAACCCAUCUGGUCGGUGAUUCAUUGGGUGCUACAGAUGACCAACAUGUAA